GGGCCAUAUAAGGGGAAAUAAGAGCAGGCUUGAAAGAAACGAGGGCAGCACACGGAAAAAAAUACUGAGACCCAUUUCCAUAAAGCAAGCAAGCCAGCCGCAACACAGCAAUGGCACUCCACACUUCAUCUCUGUCCUGGCUCCUUUAUUCCAUGACCUUUGUGGCACUGAUGGGCAAGAACACAGCAAACCCCUUGGCACCAGCAAAUGCCACCACAGCCAGUACCACACGUUUGGGGAGGAUUAUCUUUGAUGACAAGUUUGACUUCGAUUAUGAGACAGAAAGUGCUCCCGUCUCUACUGCACCACCCCCUGUUGGACCGAUUGCACCUUGUGAUUAUGACAGGUGUCGGGACGGACAGGUGCCAUGUGAAGAGCUAAGAAAGAAUCAAAGCUGUUUGUGUCCAGGUGUUUCAGGGCCCAAUGUGGUCCCAGAGUUUCCUCGGAUCCUUGAGAUUACCCAGCAGGGGUCGACUGUCAACGUCCACUGGUGUGCUCCACCAUCUACUGUAGAAAAGUAUCAAGUUGUAUACAGCAGACAGGGUAAAGGCAUGAGCACCUCUGUACCCUUGGAGCGGGGUAGCCAGUCAAGAACUGCACAGCUGGAAGACCUGAGUGAUGGUGUCUCUUAUGUAGUGUGUGUUCAAGCUAUAAACCGGGCUGGGUCAAGCCCUCUCAAGGAGAAUUCCAACGCCUGUGCUGUUUAUAAGUCCACAUCAGAAAUGAAAAAGUACUUGUACCCUGGACUAAUUGGGGGUGUUCUGUUGCUACUAUUUUUUGUUGUGAUUGGUGUCAUUUUGAUCUGGCGCCACCACACUAACAGGAAACGCCCGACAGAUGUUACUGGACUGACCAAUCCUUCCUUCAGCAGGGGCAGUCGAGAUGAAACAGAAUAGGGCUCUGUAUCAGAGACAUCUUACAUACAGUUUUGGGGGGCCACUCCAAAUUAGUUACUAAGGCAGUAAAAAUGCCAGGCACAUAAACAUUGAUUUCUUUCAUAUGCUAAGCAUAAGGAAAGUAAAUGAACUGGCAGGCCCUUAGAGAGCCCAUGUUGAAAGUACAAAAGCAAAAUAAUAAAGAGCAGCACUGUGAACCAGGAUACACAUGAGGGUGUAACAUGCACUGAGGGUAUACCGUGCUGUUGGGCAUCGAGCAGCUAGCGCCAACACGUCGGAUCACUGGAACUUCUGAAUGUCUUAAUGAACUCAUCGUAUAUUUAUUUAUUUGAUUAUAAAGUGUCUUUGUGUAUGUCUGCAUUAACAUAUUGCACUUCAUGAUUAGUUCUAAGAUGUAAAUUUUUAAAAUAAAGCUUUAUAUUAUUUUCAGUA